CGGCCACUGUUCUCCAAGCUUCUGGAGGAGAUGGCCUUGACCCGGCCACUGGACUUGUCUAUCACGCGCCACUCGACGACCCGAAGCACGCCCACGCCCUCGCCGCACACCUCGGGCGAGCCCCUGUCCCGCACCCGAACCCGCACGACCGCCAUGUUGGACCGCACGACGAGCGACGAGGGCAGCGACGACCACCACCACAAGCGCGAGCUCGCCGCUCUCGCGGCGCGGUACUCGCUCGGCUCGCCCUUGUCGCGCGUGCGCACCCGCACCGACUCGUCGUGCCUGUGGCAGCACGUCUCGCCCGACGCGCCUCGCCCGCUCGACCAGGCCCCGAGCGGGCCGCAGCAGGUCCUGUACGACGACGAGUUCGUCACCCUCACGGCGACAGCGCUCGUCGUGCGGCACCUGCUCUUCCGCCGCGAAGUCAGGAUACCGCUCGCGCGCAUCCACUCGGCGCGCGCCUUCUGCUCGCCGGCCCAGCUCGUCAAACUCGCCGCGUCGGGCCUCCCCUCCUCCUCGCCGUCGUCGUGAGCGGGCUCGGGUCGACGGGCGUCAUCUGGGCGAGGGACGCGGUGCGGGUCAAGGACGGGCGGUGGAAAGAGAGGGCCGUCGUCGUCGACGCCGACGGGUGGCUCGGCCGGGUCGGGUUCACGGUCGACGACGCAGAGGCGUGGUGGGCAGCAUGGACGCAGGCGACGGGGCAGGCGCAUUGUUGA